AUGUGUUCGGAGACUUUAAUACAGGAUUACCACAACCGGGCCGGUGAUGGCGGUGGCCAUCAUGUGCUACACCAUCACAACACGAGCAAUGGUGGGAACCAUUUGGCCAUAUAUUCAUCGCAACACCCGAUGAUGAGCAACGGUGUGGGCGGAGGCGGCGGUGCCAACAGCCCUAUGAACACCAUGAAUACGAUGGGCGGCGAGUCCAACAUCUAUAUGGAGCCAUCGCUGGCCAACGGCGGUAACAACACAUACCAGUGCCCGACCGACAACCACUACAACACGUUGACCUCCCAUUACAAUCAUUGCCAAUCGCCGCAACCGCCGGGACUGCCCACAGCGCCGGCCGCUACAGUCAACGGUACGACACCGGGUGUAGGAUCGGUGCCGGCGUCGCCCCACUCGUCCCAAUCGCCGCCAACCCCUCCCUCUACUAACGGUCCACUUCUGCCCCCAUAUCUGACCGACUCGUUGUCAUCGCAUUCACAUCACAAUCAUCACCACAACAAUCACUGUCACACAUCUAAUGACCAGCAAAUACCUCAACAACCAUACUAUCAUCACCUCCACGACCAGCUCUUCGCGCAGACCGAAGAGUUUCUGCCGCUUUGCGACCUACUCUUCAAUAUCAUAUCAUUGGCCGCGUAUUUCUGUGACGUUGUCUUCGAUGCGAUCACCGCAUAUACUCUAUACCUCGAACAGGACUUCCAGUGGCUGUCAGUGACAGCGGGACUCAUACUGUUCUCAGCACUGGUCAGUCAAGCGCUGUCCUAUCGAUGGUAUCGUCGCAAACGUCGUGGCAAACAGUUGUCCGGCGGCGGCAACAGUGUUACCGGCGAUGACGACGAGUCUCACUGUCAAAGCGUAAGCGUAUUCACUGUCCACCUGUUCCUGUGCGGAGUGCUCUGGCGUUACUUCAAACUCUUCAUACCCGUCGACUUGUCGUCCGUGAAACACGAGGUCCGAGACCUGUGUCUUCUACGUAUGGUUCACGCCUUCUGUGAGGCGGCGCCGAUGCUUACCAUUCAAGUCUACUUAUUAUGGGUGAAGACACCGACGAAUGACCAGAACUCGGACCUCCACUACAUAUCGAUAUUCCUGUCGCUAUUCAGCCUGUGCUGGGCAUUGGCCUCAUUCAGUAAGAAUGUACGCCAGCAUAACAUCCAUAAACUGGUGCUCACGUGGUUAGGAGUCAUCUUCCAGUUCUUCUGGCGAUUGGGAACUAUUGGUUCCCGAGUGAUCGCACUCACCGUUUACGCCACUUUCUACGGCCACUGGAUCUUCGCGGUGAUCAUUCUUCACUGGUUUUCGAUGUUCUUAUGGCUGUUGUCGCCGAAGAAUCUCUUCUACGGCGAACAGAUGUCGUCGUUGAGACGGAUGUGCUAUUCAUCGCUCAUCGCAUGGGUUUACAUAUUCUGCUACAUUAAUAUGCAAGAGGACAAUUCCCGGAACCGAAUGAUUGCCUUCUAUUCGACAAUGUUUUUGGAAAAUUCCCUUUUGUUGGGAAUCUGUCUAACGCUGAGCGGAAACGACCCGUCUGUCGGCCCUCUGUUCACAUCCGCCAUGAAGUCGAUGUCCGUUGGCAUAGGU